AUGAUCGACAUAUGGAAAGUUCUCGGGCAUCGAUUUUCUGCUUCUAGUUUUGAACAAUGGCUUUAUUGGGAUGCAAACCAGCUGGUCAGAUUUCACAUUAUCGACAGGAAAGAUGGCAACCGUGUGGGUGUCUUCACAGCCGAACCAUUCUUCGUGUUCCACCACAUCAAUGCAUUUGAAAGAGAUGACAAAAUUUUUCUUGAUGCCUGCUGUUACUAUGACAACUCGAUUAUAAAACAGUUGUACCUUCAUAACUUGCGAUCCCCCGCAGAACCAGGCCAUAAAAAAUUAGAUGUCCCAGAUAUACGCCGUUAUGAGAUUCCUUUGGGAGAUCUCGGAGAUGUUAGUACAGAGAAAGCCCUACGCAACGGAGGUGACGGGUUAGAUUAUUCUUUGCUGUAUGCAGGACUUGAGUUGCCGAGAAUAAAUUACGAAGAGUACAACGGUAAACCAUACAGGUGGGUGGAAGAUUCUCGGCUUUAUUCGGUAGAAAAAAAAAAGAUAAAUGAAAAAACGGCCACACCCUUUACAGCAUACCUAAGAGUGUUGACACGUGAACUAUCUUCGAAUGAUAAUCGUGGCGAUGUUUAUGCAGCGUUGAUACCUUAGUAUAGUGCUUAAACUUCAAGAUGGAUUAGAAAGUGGUCUCCAUGUUUUCGCGCAAUUAAAAAGUAAAGUAUUUUUAAAUGAUCUACCUUUACUAUUACCAAACUGAAACAUGAUUGUUUUCUUUCAUACCGUCAGGUUUGUGUAUGGCAUGGGAAUAUUCGGAAAUGCGCUAUUCGAAAAGCUGAUAAAACUUAAUGUGGAGACCAAGGAGUUUGUAACAUGGGAGGAGUCAGGUGGGUUUACUUCAGAGCCUGUGUUCGUCAAAGCGCCUGAUGGGAAGGCGGAGGAUGAUGGCGUCAUCUUGUCAUGCGUGAUCAACGUCGAAGAAAAGACUACCUCACUGUUGGUACUGGAUGCCAAAGAAUUUAAGGAGCUUGGUCGAGCCGAGAUUAAGGGGGUUACCCCAGCCACAAUACAUGGCUUAUUUCAGUAGCAAACUGAAAAAACAGCGGCUUUUCUCCGAAGAAUAACAUGCCAUAACAUAAUUAUCGCCCGAGCAAAAUUAUUUGCAAGAAAAGUAAGCUUGUAGAUCUAGAUGUGUAUUUUAAUUAGGCAAAGCGUUCUAAUAGAGUUUGGAAUGAAUUACCCAAAGUUUGAAGGAUUCACAAUCAGUGUACUAUCUCACAUUUUUUUGACAUUUGGUUGAAGCUCCGUUAAGGAGUGCUUGAUGGAUAGGAUAUCGUCAUUUUCCAUUUUAUUUGUUUAGCCCUCUCGUUUUUAUCACGUAUGAAUAAAUCUUACUCAGUUCUGAAAGGGGCCAAGAGAAGAAAUAAAAUACUUUUGGUAAGGUGCUGAUCACUUUUGCGUUAAAGGACCGACUUGUAUCUGUUCCCUAACGUUUUUACUUAAAAUUUCCUCCUGCAUCUCACCGGGCGUUGUAUUGUAUCUUGAAAACAUUGGGCUAGCAUCUCUUAAAGUUGAUAUCGUUAAUUCACCCCUUUCUUCAGCUGAUUCAGCUGAAACGUGAACGGUUUCUUGGGAUGCUUUAGCUGAAAUGAUAAUUACGACUUUGGGAAGAAGCAGCCCCACGAGAUUUACACUGCCAGCUACGAUGAACAAAGUACAACCUACGAUUACUCUCCAUUCGGAGUCUUUUAGGUUAAAAUAAGUUGGUAUAAAUAUUAUCCAAAUAGAACACGUUAUGUACAUUGUGAUUCCAAUGUGUUUUGCUUCAUUAAAAUUUCUUGGAUAAUUGCGCGUUUUGGAGGCAAAAACGGUGCAAAGAAACAUUAGAAUGAUAUUAUAACACUUAUCUACUAAAACGUUAAGUAUACUCUCUGAGCAUAUUAGUCUGCUUUGUCCAAAGAAGGGUACUUAAUGAUGGCCAUUGGUGAAUCUGAAAUAAUCCACACAGUUGUUAUCAUGAGCUGUACUGCCACUAGACCCAGUGCUAUAAGUGUCUGAGACUUUGGCCUUAUAAGGGGUGGUUUCGCUGCGGUUCGUCUUGCACGUGUAAAGAUUCGAUAGAUACGGUUUGUUUUAAUUAGCAACGGGGCGUACACCAUUGUAAAGCAAAGACUUUCAAGGUAACGGUGUAUUGUGCAUACUAAAUCAGUUGGUUUAGUCAUGCAGGUAAAGGAUGAAGAAAAGCACAAGAUGACUCCUAUGAAUAUUAGAAGAGAAAGCUCCCUGCCAGCUGCUUUGAUAACACUGUGCUCCCGAUUAAUGACGUAAAAAACAAAUGUUCCUAUGGCAACAAGAAUCCAAACCCCAGAAACUACAGCGAGGCUUGUCAGUGCAGGAUCAGUCCAUUCAGGAUUAGAAAUUGUAAGCUUUGUAUAUCGAGACAGGCUUUUGUCAGGAAUAUAACCAAUGUUGCACGUACGACAAGUGUUGUUUCCUAUCACUUGAUAAGCUUUACAGCGUUUACAAUCCCAGCAGCACUGCCGAUUAACUGAUUUCCGCUCCAGUAUCUCAGUGGAACCACAAGCGUUACUGCAGUACGACUGUGGCGGUCUGCUAGGCACAAUUCCCCAUGACACUGAAGAAUCGUUGAUUUUUAAUUGUCCGUGUUGAGAUGAUUUAAAUGACUUCCAAGAACCUACAACAAAAUGCUUCCAUUCGACCUGUUCGCCUUCCCGAAAAUUGAUGAUGUUAUAAGCUCCGUCCAUUUCUUGGUUCACGUUAAAGCUUACACUCGAGUUGAACGCCGCAUCGGGAAAAGUCACAUUUUUCAAGUAAGUAAUAAACUUGCUUUGAAGUUUUUCUCUCAUACUAUCACAUAAUCCUAUCUUUCCCAAGCAAAGAUCUCUUUGCAUAUCACUAAGAGCGUAUGCUAUGGCGUAAACGGCGUUUACUAUACUACGACACGAACUAGCACAAGUUCCACAUCCCUUGGUAGCGAUGCAACGACCUUGCAAAUGUCUGGCGAAUUUGGUGACGAAACAUUUGCAAUUUCACACUUCAGAACGGAUUGCAAGACCUCGUCAAGCCAUUAGCUGUGGUCACACUACAGACUUUUUACCUAGGUAAACACGACUUGUUGACAGUUUACCUAGGGAAACUUGAUUUUUUAAGUGUGACCGAUUUUCCCCAGGUAACUUACCUCGGGAAAAUUUUAUCGUCUGGGUCUUCGAUAUGUCUCGAAAACAAUAGAGUUUCCCUUGACAGCUACCCCAAAGCAAUAGCUAGGGAAAAAUGAAAUACCGAGGUUGCUAACAAAUAGACGCUCAUCGGCGAAGGUCUUGAUGAAAGAACCGGACAUAGAUCACAAUGUGAAAGUAAUUUUGGGAGCACAAGUCGUCUACGUCUUCGCCUUUCUUCACCUUGCACGUUGAAUUAGCGUAAGAAAUAACAGCGAGAUAAAAGGAAAAAAACGUCUCUUUGAUCAGCUAGAUCCCUGCGCAUUUUGCCUUCUUGAAUUUACACUUCAAAAAAUUCAACUGGCGUGAAAACUUUGGGAGCCGAUAUCAGUAGUGUGACCUUCCCAGAAUUUUUACCUAGGUAAAACAAAACCCAAGAUGAAUUUACCUAGGCAGAUUUUUGAUGAAUUUGCCCUAGGUAAAUCGGUUUUACCAAGGUAAAAGUCUGUAGUGUGACCACAGCUAUUGAUUAUGUGCCUAUAUUAUGUGACUAUAAACAUCAUCGUAGGUCAACACCGUCUUUCCAAUCUAGCGCAUGCCCUUAAAUCCGUAUGAAAAAAAUGCCAGCCUUGUGGCAGAGUUUCGUCUGUUUCGUCACUCGAUGAAUUUAUCUUCAGACUUAAAUACUCGCCAGCGCUCACCUCACUCAGCGGGACUUUAUCGAACCUCCGUGGGACUGGGGAGGAGUGGAACCUGACUGGAAGAUAAUCUCGGCUAGGUAAUCACAGGUGAUCAACGAACCAAAGACUGCACUAAACUAUUGCUCCAGACCUAAGCUUAAAUAACGAAGGAACAGAUAAAUUAGUAACUGAAACAUGAUUGUUUUCUUUCAUACCGUCAGGUUUGUGUAUGGCAUGGGAAUAUUCGGAAAUGCGCUAUUCGAAAAGCUGAUAAAACUUAAUGUGGAGACCAAGGAGUUUGUAACAUGGGAGGAGUCGGGUGGGUUUACUUCAGAGCCUGUGUUCGUCAAAGCGCCUGAUGGGAAGGCGGAGGAUGAUGGCGUCAUCUUGUCAUGCGUGAUCAACGUCCAAGAAAAAACUACCUCACUGUUGAUACUGGAUGCGAAAGAAUUUAAGGAGCUUGGUCGAGCCGAGAUUAAGGGGGUUACGCCAGCCACAAUACAUGGCUUAUUUCAGUAGCAGACAGAAAAAACAGCGGCUUUUCUCCGAAGAAUAACAUAUCAUAACAUAAUUAUCGCCCGAGCAAAAUUAUUCGCAAGAAAAGUAAGCUUGUAGACCUAGAUGUGUAUUUUAAUUAGCGUUGUAACAGAGUUUGGAACAAAUUACCCUGUCCAGAGUUUGAAGGAUUCAAAAUCAGUGUAUAACAAGCUGUCUUACGUUUUCUUGACAUUUGGUUGAAACUCCGUUAAGGAGUGUUUGAUGGACAGGACAUCAUCAUUUUCCAUUUUAUUUGUUUAGCCCUCUAGUUUUUAUCA